AGUACUUCACAUAUUUACUUUAAGUUUUCUUCAUGCAAUUUUACCAAUAGAUUUUUUCAACUCAAAAUUCUAGAAUCUGCAACAAAUUUGAAAAAACUUAUUAAUCAAGAAAAUAUAAUUUGCACAUCUGUGGCUGUAGAAAAUUAUCAAUCUGGAUUUGGCGAUUUUGGAAUAAUUUGAUAUUUUUUACAUUUACCAGUGCUCUCCUUGGAUAUACCAGAUAUUUGAAAAAAGACUGCAUCAACAUACAUCGAAGAUUAUUAACAUGAGGCCUACACGAUUGAUUUCUCAGAGAGAGGGAGAAAGAACAGAGUGAAUAGAAUAAAUGAUUAUCAAUAAUAUAGUCCUACCAACAUUAACGGACAUUCUCAAGCUAUAAGAAAAACAUCUUGUUCUUUCAGCAACGUCCGGACCUAUCCCUGUGGGAUGGUAAAACGUGACAGAGGGAUGCACGGGGGACUUCAAAAAACGGUAGCAACAUGUAAAUGAAACCCUUAUUUGGAUAUGUCAUACGGAUUUAAACCAAUAUAUACACGGGAUUUUAUCCAUGGCCUUGGAACUUAUAUGAUUAAUUAUUGACAUAACUAGGAACAUAUUUACAACAUGUACCGACAAUAUGCUAAGUGCGAAUGAUAAGGACAUUCUCUCAAAAGGACCCGUUAUUAAUAUCCAAAAUUGGGAUGGGGACAUCGUUGACAUAACCGACGCUGCUUCUGAUGGCAGUUUCGAUGUAAAUGAGAAUAAUGAAACUAGCCACAGAGGUUCACAAGUGAUCGCACAUACACCCUGGUCAGUUAGGACUAAUGAGGAAAUAAUCGAUGGAGUGAGAAGGGCUAAUGAUGUCGCAUUACCUCCAUUGAUAAACCCUGGUGUACGGGUAUACGGAAAUGUACAUAAGGGCCGUGAUGACAAAAACAUUGCAACUAAUAUUUGCCAAUCUCCUAAACGAACAAAUGCAAUAACUCCGAAGUCAAUAAUGCCUUUGCUAGAGGAACAAACAGAACUAACAUCUCUCGUAUUGCCUAAUAUGCAACAAGAAGGCAGUGUUUUUACCUCUACACCACCCCGUUCACCAAUGUCUCCUACAGUAUCAUCACCCCGUACUCUCCCACGUCGAGACUCCGAAAACAGUCUCUCAUCACGCUCAUUGCUUUCAUUGGAUUCACCACGUUCCAUUUCUCCACGACCUCCGUCAUCUCCUAGAAGAGCAGCCCCGAGAGUGCUUGCGCGGAGAGCAUCAACUCCGCGAUUAGAACUAAGACCCAUAUCACCUCCCAAUGUGAAAGAUUCAUUGCGGUCAACGUCUCAACGGUCACCAAACGACCCUACACAGAGAUUAGAACUCAGACCCCCUUCACCCCCUGGUGAACUUGAAUCAUAUAUGUCAACAUCUUCACGGCCAAGUGGCUUGCUGGUAUCACGAUCGGGAAGGUUAGGACGCUCAGCACUACCAACAAGAGAUACAAACAUACAAGAGUCACAAAUCACAAAUGGCUGUAUCCACACUGCUGAUAGGCAACAAAAUAAACGGGGAAAUGAAGAACGUGAUAAACCAUGUUCAAAUACUGUGCAUCAUGUUAAUGGAAUUGAUAUGAAAACGCUAGAGUAUGAUAUUUUUGAUAAAGAUGGCGCUGUCGUCAGCAUCGCUGAUGUUUCUCCUGAUGUGUUAGAAAAGUGUGGAAAGAUCUUAAACUACACGCUACAAAGGAAGAUAAUAAGGGAACACCUAACUCAAGAUGAAGAUCACUUUCGUAUUCGGAUCAUUUCUCCUGAUUGCCAUUGUAACAAUAGCAACAUCUGUGAACACUGGUUCUGA